CCUCAGACACAGCGGAUCACGGAAAGAGCCGAAGAUGGGACAUAUACACUGAUCAUCAGGGCACUGAUGAUCAGUGUGCCCUGAUGAUCAGUGUGGCCCCAGAAGUGCCACCUGUCAGUGUCCAUCAGUGCCAGCAGUCAGUGCCCAUCAGUGCCACUGCCCAUCAGUGCCACAUAUCAGUGCAUACCAGUGCACAUCAAUGUCACAUAUCAGUGCCCAUCUGAGCUGCCUUUCAAUGUCACCCAUCAGUGCCAGCCAGUGCCACCUAUCAAUGCCAAUCAGUGCACCUAUCAGUGUGCUGCCAAUCAGUGCCACCUAUCAGUG